UGCGUGCUUGUCCAUUUUCUGCUUGAAACGCGGCUACAGAGGUUAUUAGCCUCUCCGUUCGCUGUGCGCGACUUCUUCUCGCCAGAUUUUUUUAUUGAGAUGAUCGUCGACGUCGGGGGCAUCGGCUACCACGUUAGCGAGUUGAAUUUAAUAUUGCUAAUUUUCGCGCGUCGGUUUGCGGUGACGGAGAGCUGGAAAGUGAUCGAGCGCACUGAGGCGCUGUCUUGGCGGCUAAAUGAAUUUCUUUCUUCCGACGUUUUUCUCACCUGUCUUCUCUCUCCGACUAGACUAUACUCCAUUUCUCGACCCCUCUUUCUUAGUGCUAGUCCUGCAGUAGGCGAGUUGGUCUGUCUAGGACAAUUGGGCCCCCAGGACACCUCUACGGUCAUCACCCUGCGCGCCUCUUGUGCUAAUUUCCUUCGCGACAGCCUGAGCGAUCGGGGAACGGGGUUUACAACAAAGUAAAGUUCGUGCAGAUCUAUCGUAGCGUUUAUAGUGCUCCUUGUAUUCAUCUUUCC